AUGAGUUCAACAGGAAUAUGUAAAUCAACAACAACAAUUAAAGGGUGUAAAGGAGAAAUAGAUAAAGAAUAUGGAUGUAGAGAAUGUUUAACAGGAUAUUAUUUAAUAAAUAAAGAAUGUUCAAAAUGUGGAAAUAAAUGUAUAACAUGUUUAAAUGAGAAAGAAUGUAAUACAUGUGAAGAUGAAUAUAUAAUAAUAAAUAAAGAAUGUAUUCAUUAUUCAAAUAUUAAUAAAUGUAAAGAAACAAAAAAUAAUAAAUGUUCAAAAUGUUCAUUUUGGUAUGGAAUCAAUGAAGAAGGAACAAAAUGUAAUAAAGAAAUUGUAUGGUGGAUGAUAAUGAUAAUUAUCAUCAUUAUACUUAUUAUCAUCAUUAUAAUAAUUAUAAUUAUAAUAAUAAUGAUUAAUUACAUUAUAAAACGCAAAGAAAAGAAAGAACAAGAGAAAACAACAACAAUAUUUAAAAUUUCACAAUCAAAUAUCAAAUUCAUAACACUUGGAGAUGGAAUAAUAACAAAUAAAAAAGAAAUAGAAAUAGGAGAAGGAGAAGAAAUUGAAGUAAAUAAAGAAAUCAGAGAAUUAAUAUGUAUUGGAAAUGAAAAGAAAGAAAAAAAGAAAAUACAAAUAAGUAGUAAAGAAGAAAAUGAAAAAUAUUCAAUUAGAACAAACCCAAAUAUCAUUACAAUUGAAGGAGGAUAUGCAUGUGAAUUUGAAAUAUUCAUUACAAUCAAAUGUACUACUAAAAUUAAAGAACAAAUAAUGAUAAUUAGUAAAACACUUAAUAAAACACAAGAAGAAAUAAUUAAAAUUAUUUCAAUUAAAGGAGAAACACAAAUAUCAACACGACUUGAUCCAGAUGAAAUAAAAGAAGAACAUAAAAUAGGAGAAGGAUCAUUUGGAAUUGUAUAUAUCGGAGAAUUUAGAGGAAAUAAAGUAGCAAUUAAGAAAAUGAAACAAAUUGAUAAAAGUGAAAAUAAAAUGAAAGAAUUUGAGAAAGAAGUAAUGAUGUUAGAUAAAUUUAGAAGUGAAUAUAUUAUUCAAUUUUAUGGAGCAGUAUUUAUUCCUAAUAAAAUAUGUAUGAUAACAGAAUAUGCAAAAUAUGGAUCAAUACAAGAUUUAAUUAAUAAAAGAACAAACACGGAAAUACCAAAUAAAAUAAGAAUUAAAUUCAUGAUAGAUGGAGCAAAAGGAAUUUCAUAUCUUCAUUCAAAUGGAAUACUACAUCGAGAUAUUAAACCAGAUAAUUUUCUUGUUGUAACAAUUGAUGAUAAUAUUGGAGUUAAUUGUAAAUUAACAGAUUUUGGAGCAUCAAGAAACAUUAAUAUGAUGAUGACAAAUAUGACAUUCACAAAAGGGAUAGGAACACCAAAAUACAUGGCACCAGAAAUAUUAAAUCGAGAACAUUACAAAAUGGAAUCAGAUAUAUAUUCAUAUUCAAUAACAAUGUUAGAGAUUAUUACAUGGCAAGACCCAUUUCCCAAAACAUCAUAUCCACAUCCAUGGGAUAUUGCAGAUUCAAUCACAACAGGUAAACGACCAACAAUAAUACAAGAAGUUAAAGAAGAUAUUAAAGAAAUUAUUGAAAAAACAUGGAAACAAGAAGCGAAAGAAAGAAUAAGAAUAGAAGAAGUAGUAAGAAUGUUAGAAAGAAUUGAAAAUAAAGAAUGA